AUGAGGUUUGAAAACAUUCUUGCUGAUAUUAAUGGAUUUGGAAGAUUUCAGAUAAUGAUCAUUGUGAUCAGCUUCAUUGGUCGCUUCACACUGCCCUGCCACUUCAUGCUAAACAACUUCAUAGCCGCUGUUCCCCCUCACCACUGCGACAUCGGCUCUCUGGACGAUGGAGGUAUUUUUAAGAAUCUAUCGGCGGAAGAGAGGCUUGUUGUUGGCAUUCCAGUCCAGGAGGAUGGGACUCCGAGCUCCUGUCACAUGUUCACAGAGCCUCAGUAUCAUCUGCUGCUCAACUACUCCAACAUUACUGACCUACCCACAGUGCCGUGCCAGAAUGGAUGGGUGUACGAUAACACCACCUUCAAAUCUACUCUGACUUCAGAGUGGGACCUGGUGUGUGAUCGAAAAGGAAGAAACAAAGCAACUGCUACCAUCUUCUUCAUUGGAGUGAUGUUUGGAGCUGUGACCUUUGGAAGUUUAAGUGACAGGUAUCACAGCUAUUUGUUUGGCCGAAGGAUCAUGCUGCUUGUGUCCUACACGUCUGGAAUGCUGUUUGCUGUUGCAAGUGCUUUUUCUUCUUCCUAUUUGAUGUUCGCAGCGCUGAGGUUCUUCACUGGGUUUUGCAUCACUGGCAUCGUCAUUGUUUCUUCAGUCCUCGGUGUGGAGUGGGUGGACGUUGAGCACAGGAAAAUGGUUGGAGUGGUAGACAGCUUAUCAUGGACAUUUGGGAACACAGCAUUUGCUGCCAUUGCCUACUUUGUGACUGACUGGCGGUGGCUGAUUGUCAGUGUCACAUCACCUCUUAUCUUGGCCAUUGUCACCUGGAGGUGGAUGCCAGAGUCGGCUAGGUGGCUCAUUGCCAAUGGAAAGCUGGAGCAAGCUCAGAUGUAUUUGAAAAAAUGUGCCAUGAUGAACCGAACAGAGGACUUAAUUCACACGCUCAAAACAGAGACACUAUCCACUAUUGUGACAGAGAAAAGAGACCGGAACUAUUCUUACCUCGAUCUGAUACGAACACCCAAGAUGAGGAAACUGGCCCUGUGUACUGGUACCCUGUGGUUUUGUGUGGCAACUACAUUUUAUGGCAUCAGCUUCAACAUCACUGGCUUUGGGCUCAGUAUCUAUCUCACUCAGUUUACCUAUGCUUUAAUUGAGCUCCCAGCCAAAAUAAUAGUUUACUACUUACUGGAUAAGAUCGGCAGGCGACGCAUUGAGGUGGGAUCUCUGCUUUUGGCUGGCAUCUGUCUGGGAGUCAACAUUGUGUUACCUAAAGAUAUGUCUGUUGUCAGGACAGUGGUCGCAAUCAUCGGAAAAGGGUUUUCUUCAGCAUCCUUUACAACUCUUGUGCUCUACAGCUCUGAGCUCUAUCCCACUGUAGUAAGGCAGAAUGGUAUGGGCUACAACUCCUUCAUGGCUCGACUUGGUGUAGCUGUGACUCCUCUGAUCCUUUUACUGGAUGACGUCUGGAAGGCGCUGCCCCAAGUUAUCCUGUGCGCCGCGGCUGUACUGGGGGGAAUAGUGGCAAGAAUGCUGUCAGAGACACGCAACAGGAGCCUGCCAGAGACCAUAGAAGAUGUCGAACAGCAGUGGUAG